AUGGCCACCGCCAACCUGUCCAGCGUGGUGGUGGCGGUCGACGGCAGCGAGGAGAGCAUGAAGGCGCUGCGCUGGGCGCUCGACAGCCUGCGCCUCUGCCCCGACGGCGCGCUCGUCGUGCUCCACGUCCAGCCGCCGCCCGGCAUCGCCGCCGGCCUCAACCCCGGCCCCAUCCCCUUCGGCGGCCCCAGCUGCUCAGGUGUGGCGGAGGUGCCGGCGUUCACGCAGGCCAUCGAGUCGCACCAGCGGCGGAUCACGGAUGCCAUCCUGGAGCACGCGCUCAAGAUUUGCUCCGAUAAGAAUGUGGAGGUGAAGACGCAGGUGGUGGUGGGGGAUCCCAAGGAGAAGAUCUGCGAGGUGGCGGCCGAACUCAAGGCCGAUCUGCUCGUCAUGGGGUGCCGUGCUUUUGGCCCUGUCAAGAGGAUGUUCCUGGGUAGUGUGAGCAACUACUGCAUCAACAGCGUCGGCUGCCCCGUCGUGGUGAUCAAGGGCACCUGA